AUGGGACUGCACGCCAUCUACGGAGAGUGCCGCCGCCUUUACCCCGACCAGCCGAACCCGCUCCAGGUCACAGCUAUCGUCAAGUACUGGUUGGGUGGCCCAGACCCCUUGGAUUAUGUUAGCAUGUACAGGAACGUGGGGAGCCCUUCUGCCAACAUCCCCGAACACUGGCACUACAUCAGCUUCGGCCUCAGCGACCUCUAUGGUGACAGCAGAGUCCAUGAAUUCACAGGAACAGAUGGGCCUAGUGGUUUUGGCUUCGAGUUGACAUUUCGUCUGAAGAGAGAAACAGGGGAGUCUGCUCCCCCAACAUGGCCAGCAGAGCUCAUGCAGGGCUUGGCCAGAUACGUGUUCCAAUCGGGUCCAAUCAUGACUGUCCCCGACCCCACCCCAAGAAGUGAAGGUGCCGGGGAAGUGGAGCAGAUGCCAGAAUUCUGGCUUUGGACUUGCAGGCCAAAGAACACCUUCUGCAGUGGGGAUCACGUGUCUUGGCACAGCCCUUUGGAUAACAGUGAGUCAAGAAUUCAGCACAUGCUGCUGACAGAGGACCCGCAGAUGCAACCUGUGCAGACACCCUUUGGGGUAGUUACCUUCCUCCAGAUCGUUGGUGUCUGCACUGAGGAACUCCAUGCAGCCCAGCAGUGGAAUGGGCAGGGUAUCCUGGAGCUGCUGCGGAUGGUGCCCAUCGCUGGCGGCCCCUGGCUGAUAACUGACAUGCGGAGGGGAGAGACCAUAUUUGAGAUCGAUCCACACCUGCAAGAGAGAGUUGACAAAGGCAUCGAGACGGACGGUUCCAAUCUAAGUGGUGUCAGUGCCAAGUGUGCCUGGGAUGACCUGAGCCGGCCCCCUGAGGAUGACGAAGACAGCCGAAGCAUCUGCAUAGGCACACAGCCCCGGCGGCUCUCUGGCAAAGACACGGAGCAGAUCCGGGAGACCCUGAGGAGAGGACUUGAGAUCAACAGCAAACCCGUCCUUCCACCAAUCAACCCCCAGCGACAGAAUGGCCUCACCCAUGACCGGGCCCCGAGCCGCAAAGACAGCCUGGAAAGCGACAGCUCCACAGCCAUUAUCCCCCAUGAGCUGAUCCGCACACGGCAACUUGAGAGUGUACAUCUGAAAUUCAACCAAGAGUCAGGAGCCCUCAUUCCUCUCUGCCUAAGGGGCAGGCUCCUGCAUGGACGGCACUUUACAUAUAAAAGUAUCACAGGUGACAUGGCCAUCACAUUCGUCUCCACGGGAGUGGAAGGUGCCUUUGCCACUGAGGAGCACCCUUAUGCAGCUCAUGGACCCUGGUUACAAAUUCUAUUGACGGAAGAGUUUGUAGAGAAAAUGUUGGAGGACUUAGAAGAUUUGACUUCUCCAGAGGAAUUCAAACUCCCCAAAGAGUACAGCUGGCCUGAAAAGAAGCUGAAAGUCUCCAUCCUGCCUGAUGUGGUGUUCGAUAGCCCCCUGCACUAGCCUGGGCUGGGCCUGCAGGGGCCAGAGGAGAGCCCAGCUGCUCCCGGUGACUCCGGUGUAACAACAGUGUGAGGGAGAGUCCCACCAGUAAAAGGACAAGUGUGAGGAUGACCGAGCACGUGCAGCCCGGCGGGAUGCUGGGCCUGGGCCGCUGACCUCGCCUCGCCUGCAGUGCCAAGCCCACACGACCAGGCCCUGAUCCCACUGGGCACUGAGUGGGCAAAUGCAAACCUUCCUUUCCUGCUGCCGCCUCGAGUUCUGGUUUGAGAAGUGACUCUGGACCUUUAAUGUGCUCCUCGGUCUCAGGCCUCCUCUCACCUACCCGCUGCCGAGCACCCAGCAGGAAGGAGGUGGAGUGGCCCUCGGGGUUCACUGCCCAGCUCAAUCUGGGAGCCUUUGGUAGUCAAGCUCCUCCUGCCACCGAACAAUUCUUCUGAUUGUGUUUGGUUUUCUUCCUCUAUUUUAUUUUGUAGAAACCGAUGGUAUUUUAUUGCUCUUCAGAGAUGUCCAGAAGCUGUGUAUAUAAUGUUUUUUAAACAGAACUUUAAUGCCAGAUGAACUUUUGCAUUCUCUCAGACAAGGGCUUGGGGCUAACUCCCUCUGAGCCGCCACCAGAGAAGGUAUGGUGUACACCUGCCUGCCCAGGGCCCAGAGCAGCCAGCUUCAGAGAGGCUUUUCUUCCCAGUGGGCCUGGUGGAGCCAGGUGGAGCCUGUGGCAGGGGAGAGCUAAGAUUCCCCCAUGAAGCCUUGAGUCCAGUUAAGCUGGGCCAAGAAGGGGUACUGCUGCUUCCCAGUGGACUGGACCCCACAAAGUUAAAGGACCGUCAGGGUCUCAGAGACUUGGUAGCCUCAGCCUUGUCUCCCAGGCUUCCCAGGGUGAGGCCCAGCACCUCACAGAUCAUCCCCACCUGCCACUCAGGGCCUGGGUCUCCAGCUCUUUGACCACUCCUGUCCCAUUUCCUCAUCCCCUGGGCCUCCCAGCCUCCAGGCUGCAGGACUCUGGCUAAUUAAAAAUGGAAAAAGUAACCCUCUCAACGGCUUUCGCUUUGAUUUUGCAAACACUGCAUUCUACCUCUCUUCUAUCCUCCCUGCAUCCAUUCAUUUCUCAUCUUUCAUUCCCCAUUCCUGUCCUGCUUCUGGGCCUCUCUGGGUCCUUAAUCCCUUGCCCCAAUACUGAAGUUCUCAUGGUCUUCCUCCCAGAAGCCAGCCUAUUUCUGGCCUGUGGUUUUGGGGUCCCUCUUGGAUGAUCUUCCACUUCUGUCCUGAAAUCAAUAAGCCCCAUUCAUGCCCUUUUACCCCCAACUCUAGGGACUACUAUUUCAAGAUCACCCUUCAGGCCUGUCCAAAGCAAAGCCAUUUUGUCUGUCAGGGAUCACAUAGGACUAUGCUCUGCCCGGCCUACACCACCAUACACACCAGGAGGCCACAGGAGGCCCACGGGUACAGGAUCCCUCUGAUGAGAGAUCCCGACAAAGCUGCCUCCAGGAGCCACGAAGGCAGUGACCGUCUCUCCAGGGAGUAGCAGUUGGACUUCCAAGGAGCCUGGCCCCUUCUCUGCACACACCUUUAGGGCUACCUGGUUAAUUCCAUCAAAUUCAGAGCUUCAAGGCAGAUCAGCCUGGAGUAUGGGAGAGAUGGACUCCAGGCUCCCAGCAGCCAAGGUGCAACCCUCUGGACCUGACGUUGGGAGCAGCUGUGCCUUCUCAGAACUUUUCAAAAGGACGUUUCCUGGCCUCCAUCUGCCACAGCAUCCCUGCCUUCGAAGCUCUUGUCUUCCGAUGUCUCGUGGCCAAAGAGGUGCCAUCACCUUUCCUCCUUUCCUUGCCACCGGACCUGCUCUCCACCAGUUCUCUUUAUGGAGUCCUGCCUCCACCUGCCUGGUUUGGCGAUGGGGAGGGGACUAUUUUAUAAGCUUUGUCAUCAGUAUGGGAGGCAGUAGGCGAGCUCCGAGACGAUGAGCCCAUGACGCCUAUGGCCCCUGCCUGCCCAUGUUGGGAACCUCCAAGGUCAUGCUGGGGCCAGGCCUCCAUUUCCUUUUCCUACAGGGCAGUGGCAGGGCACCCGCUGUCUCUGACCACACCUCCUUCCCCUUGUGUGGCAGUGCCUUCCCAGGGGUUCUCUAUUGAGCUGGCUGGUGAGACAGGCAAGGCUGACCACGUACUGUGCUUAGCACAGCACCUGAACCGUGGUGGUUGCUCACUAAAUGUGUCCCUUCAUUCCCUCCCUGCAGCCCCUUCAGAGCCCUGACCUCAUAGUGAGGGGGAGGUAAGAAGCAUCCCUCCAUCUGCCUCUUCCACAAGCUUCCCUGAGGUUUGCCUGGUCCCAACCCUCCCAGUCCCUGGUGCUAGGAAGGGGCACCCCCGUGCUGUUUGCCUGCCACACAAGGCAGACUUCUGUGGCUCCUCAGGUCCAGUAUGGGCUGCAAGAGUACCACAGACCCAGCUGCCACUCGGAGCGGUGGAGAGGCUCAUGCAAGGUCUCAGAUGUGGCCAGGGAGCUGCCACUUUCCUGUCCUUCUCUUCCUGUUCCAUAGGCCAGGCUGGGACUGGGAAGCCUUGGGGAGUCUAAAAGGGCUAGAACGUUUUAAAAAUAAACACAGGGUCUUGGGACUGGGUUUUGACAUUGAGUUGAGGAGCAGGGAAAAAAUCUAAAAGUUGGUGCCCCUAUGGGGCAGACCAGUAAAGAAAUCCCUUGACUAUUUUUUUAUUCAGUUGUGUUUCCUCUCUGGCUUCCGGGACCUCCGUGCCAGGUGAGGGCCCUGGGUCCUUGUAAUAAGUGAGGAGCCCUGUAGAGAGAGCCCUCCUUUUGUACAAGGACCUGAAUGCUGCGACGAGCAGGCUUUUGUAAACAUUUUCAUUAGUUUCUAAUGUCAUUGGCGACUCAGUUCCUACGGGCUGCAGCCGGCCAGGAACUUUUGUAAGAACGUUGGCUGCCUCACUUAGAUGUCAUUUCUUUCUUGCCCCUCUUCCUCUGUGUAAUCUAAGUGCAUUAAACAUAUUUACAGAA